AUGAGUUACACUUUUCCGCAUUUGGGACACGAUUACACGUUGGAGAAUAAGGUAAGUGAGAAAUCCUUCUUGGUUUUAAAAGCAGUAAGCUCACGUGUGUUGAAAACGGCGUUUAAAACACGGAAAAUUUUGAGAAUUUUUGUCAAAAACUUCCUUCCUCUAGGAAUGAGUCCGAUUGGCUUAUGUCAAGACUUUAAACAGCUUACAACUUUAUCUCCUGUAUCUGAUACUGAUACUGAUAGCUUAAGGAAAAGUUUGAAUAAAUUUUAUAUUUUCCUCGUCUUCCCAUUAGAAAAAAGCAUCUUGUUCGGUGUUUCAAAUAGGCCAUAUCGAGGUCUAUUAGAAUAUAUCAGAGAAGCUUGCACACCUCGAAGACAUUUUAUGCUUUCGAUCGACAACCCAGUUAUGGAAAAUAAAUAUGUUGAAGGUUCAUGUUAA